AUGACAUCUGGAUCCUCAAUUACUCCACGAAAGGAGGGGACAUGGACUAAGCUCGUGAUAUUCGUCGCGCUCUAUGUGCUACUGUUGGAGUCUAUCCUGGAAUGUGUAUUGGUGCUUUACCUUUACGGAAAUGGCCAUGUUGAUUCAAAGAUGACACCGAGUGUUGUACUUGCACUUGUCGCGGCCUUCUUCUCCGUGCCGCUUGUCGGUCUCCAAAGCCUGGUCGCCUGGCAAUACAACAAUAUUGGCGGAUUUGGAACACAAAAGACCGUUCUGCAUAAUAUAUGCACAUAUGUGCUACGUUUGGAUCUUAUGCUUUGGCUAGCCACAAGCGUGGCUGGUCUAGUAGUCGCCGCGCAGCAAGUAUACUGUCUUCCGGAAGGAACAGAUGCAACUUUCUGGAGAGUUGGUACGAGCUGUGCCUUCCACCGAGCAUCUGUGAUUGUAGCAGUGGUUUCGAUGGUCACUGUAUGCACUAUGUACUGUGCAAGAGAACUUUGUGAUCGACCAUACGAUGUGUCGCUCACCGGAAUCUACAAGCGCCCGGAUGUCAUGCGGAAUGGUAGCGUGAACUCCGCUAAUAGCUGGGACAGCGAGGAAACGCUCAAGAACGAGAUCAUAUAUCUAUGCCGCCAGCACGAUGGCAAUGGAGCUGGAGAUUUCUGGUCUGUGGAUCCCAUCGCCAAUAAAGUCAACUGCCACCCUAGCAUCCGGCACCCUGCUCCUGUCCGUCUACGCCCUCAGCUUCGCCUCAACACCGACUCCGGUUCAACCUAUGGAGAUAUCAUGUCUGGAACAACGAUUUCCCCAGAAGACAACAUCCACCGGAUCUCACCAGGGACGCAAAGUCUGAUCAGCGAGUUUCAUCCCAUCUCGCGCACAUCUACUGUUAUAACACCGCAAACAGCCAGCGAAUUGCGCGCUCUCUUGUCAGAUAUCCCUAUCCCCAAAGUCCCAGCCUCCCCUGAGAAACAUACCAAGCACAAGAGGGCGAAGUCAUCACUUUCAUCCCUGCGACGUAUUCUUCCGAAAUCCUUCCCGCUGUCGCUUCCAUUAUCGUCGGAUCCUCAAAUCCGAGCUCUCGCAGACCCUAAUACCGCUUCAGAUGUCGAAAAGCAGGUAGUGACAUCCCAAACCAUGCCAAACAGAACAACUCAAUUCUCCCCCUACCAGCUAUCUAUGGACGACACCCCAAACGCUUCUUCAGCAAGCCUUUCUGAGAGUCCUACCAACGCUUCAGCUGUUCCUAAGCCCGCACACCAGGAAGGCCACACACGAUCAAUGACGACAACUUCCGCCGAUGCCCCAGAAGUAGUCCCAAGCGCACCGGCCUCCCCACAGAAAGUGCGACGCUCCCAAACAGCCCACACUAUGCCCGCAGGCCUCUCAAUCCACCACCCGCACCACCCAAACUUCGUCCCAGGCCCUGCACAAGCACGAGCCUACUCACAAGGACCGCAACCACAUGCUGAAUCAAUGCGCCGACCAACCCCGCCCCAGCAGAAUGCCCACCCAUCUCGCAGUGCCACCUACCAUUUCAACCCAUCCCAAGUGCCUCGCCACUCGCAGAGCCAAUACCGACCUCCCAGCGGACAGUUUCACCCACCAUCAGCUCGCCGGGCCAGCCCGCGACGUUUCGACACUGGUCGCUCGAUGCCGCCCGUCCCACGCCGUAACGAUGUCCACAUCAUCUACUCCAGCACGCGUCGUCCCCGCAGCAGCACACACAGCGCGAGUGGCCCGCUCAGCUGUAUCUUGGAAACGACGUCGAACCCGCGCGCUUCACUGGAAGAAGCCAGGCCAGUUUCUGAUGCGUUCUUGGAGUUGCCGGGUCAUAGCAUCGACGAUACGAAAUAUCGCGGCGUGCAUCGCACGGGCUUAGCCUUUCCUUGA